AUGUCUGCAAUUAUAAAGCAGGAGGCUUCUACGGCUACUGUUGCCAGUGGCGCGCAGGAAGCAUUCAAGCAACCAUUGCCACUUAAUGAGUCCAAUCCCAACAAUGAAUCGAAGAGCAACAAGACGACGAUUACUUCUCCUGGUUAUUCAUUGAAGCUCACACUGGAGGGUCACAAGUGUUUCUUGAGUGCUUUGAGAUUCAGUCCAACCGGGGAUUGGCUAGCCAGUGCAUCGUGCGAUCGCCUGGUGAAGCUGUGGGACGUGAGAACGGGACAGACGACCAAGAGUUUUGAGGGACAUACGAUGGGCAUUAAUGAUAUCACCUGGUCGCCCGAUGGUGAUUACUUGAUCAGCUGCAGCGAUGACAAAUGCAUUAGGCUCUGGGAUCCAUUGAGUGGGCAAUGCGUGAGGACAAUGCAAGGACAUUGGAAACAAGUGUUUGCCUGUAGUAUGAAUCCGCAGGGCAAUCUGAUUGCAUCCAGCAGUUUGGAUUGCACUGUUCGCCUGUGGGAUGUGCGGAAUGGCAAAACGCUUAAGAUUGUGCCUGCCCACAUGGAUCCCAUUACAACGCUGGACUUUAAUCGUGACGGCAGUCUCUUUGUGACCGGCAGCUUUGAUGGUCUGGUGCGCAUUUGGGACACCAUAAGUGGAGUGUUGCAAAAAACACUGAUCGAUGAGGAUAAUUCGCCGGUGGGCUAUGUGAAGUUUGCUCCCAAUGGCCGCUAUAUACUCGCUGCCUAUCUGAACAGUCAGAUCAAAUUGUGGAGCUUCCAGAAGCCGAAAUGUCUCCGCGUCUACAAGGGUCACAUCAAUCUCAACUACUGCAUCUCGGCGAACUUUUCGGUUACGGCAGGCAUGUGGAUUGUGUCGGGUAGCGAGGAUCAUUCUCUGCACAUCUGGAGUCUGCAGCGCAAGGAGCUGGUUCAGAAGCUUGAGGCUCACUCGGAGGUGGUCAUCUGUGUCGACUGUCAUCCCAGCCAGAAUCUAAUUGCCACCGGCUCAUUGGGUUGUAAGGAGAAUCUGAAGCUCUGGCAGAGCAGCGAAAGCGACCCCACAGCCAAAUAG